UUGCUAAGAUACUCUUGUUUCCCUCCUUGACAACUUUGGCGGGGGUGCGCUGGCUGCGGACCCGGCUCCGGCCCGCGCGGGAGCAGCACCCCUUGGGGGAAAGACAUUCUCUGCUCCCACCAAGUUGUCAGGGCCUGCUUCCUGAAUCUCCUGGGUGUGUCUUAACUGCUGGUCCCAGCACCGCCUGCAAGCCCCCCUCUCUCCUCCAGUGGUCACGGUGGAAGGAUCAUGGGAGAAACGGAAGGGAAGAAAGAUGAGGCUGAUUAUAAACGCCUGCAGACCUUCCCUCUGGUCAGGCACUCGGACAUGCCAGAGGAGAUGCGAGUGGAGACCAUGGAGCUCUGUGUCACGGCCUGUGAGAAAUUCUCCAACAACAACGAGAGUGCCGCCAAGAUGAUCAAAGAGACGAUGGACAAGAAGUUCGGCUCCUCCUGGCACGUGGUGAUCGGCGAAGGCUUUGGGUUUGAGAUCACACACGAGGUGAAGAACCUCCUCUACCUGUACUUCGGGGGCACCCUGGCCGUGUGCGUCUGGAAGUGCUCCUGACACUGCCCCAUCCCCUGCCCCGUCCCCUACCAUUCACCAGGGAUGGGGAGCAACCCCAGGCAGGUGCUGGUUUUUCAGAGCACAGUCUGGGGUCUUCUCUUUUGUCCUGCUAUGCCAGUGUCCUGAGCUCUGCCCAGUGUGUGAAUUUGUUGACCUCUCUAUCCCCAGGCUCUCAGCCACCUCACUCUGAGUCCCAGGGUGUGAAGGGGGCAGCAGGCAGCGGUCUCCGUGCAGGGGCAGGGUGGGGAGAUGUGACAGGGUAGAAGGAGGGUGGGGAGAUGGAAUUUUUCUCACAAGGACAUGCCAGCCCCAUCUCCCUCAGGGGCUGCUCUCCCCUCGCAUCCUAGGAGCCCCCUACCCCUACCCUUAGCACUGCUGGCAGGUGUCUGCUGUCCUUGUCUUUUCUGGCGGUAUGCAAAUAGCCUCAAGAAGGAGCUGCUUCUCUCAAGGGACACUGGCACCGUCUCUCCUUGUCCUCUGGAGAAGUGGUGACCCUCAAAAGCCCCUUCCCCAACUUGACCCCAGGCUGAACAGACCACUGCAUCUCACUGGACUCACAGCUCUGCAGCCCCGGCUGCGGCAUGAGGCCCAAGCAGCCUUUCCCCUCAUCCCCUCCUGCCUCCCCAGCCGCCAGGCCGCAUGAACCUUUGACACUGCUCCCACGCGUGCGGUGGCUGAGGGGGUGGGAACUGCUCUCGAGCGGUUUCUCGAGGUGUUGCUGAGCCUCCGGUGAGCUGCCCGGGCCGGGAGCGCAGUGAAGCCGGCAGGGAAGCCUGGCCUGCAGUGACUUCUCAUCAGGGACCGCAAGCGCAUUUGUACUUCUUUCUCUGCUGGAUUUUCUAUAUUCUUUUUGAGUGUGGGGAGAAGGGUUUUAGUAGAAGGGUGAAUCCUAUUUUACACAGCAGUCUUAUUUAUAUAAAUGUCUUGGUUUUUACAAUUAAAAUGACCAAAAACUGA